UCCUCCUUCCUCUUCUCUGGCUGUUUCUUCCUCCAUUAUCCCUCAGCAGCAGCUGUUGAUAGGACAAACUAAUCUUUCCUAGUACCUUCUAUUCUCACAACCUCAACUUCAGCUACCCCCCACCCCACAAGGUAUAACAUACAUAUAGAUAUGUAUAGAAUCUCGGGAUAGGAAGUUGGUCAGUUUGAUGUAGAGUUGUCGUUAACGGAAGUCGAGUCGUGGCUAGUCAUGGCCAAGACAUCAGCAAGAAUUCAAGAGAUGAGGGAGAGAAGUGACCAGUUCAGCUGUGUGUGGGGGUUGUUUAGUAUGCUCGAUUCCCGACCAGGCCCUUCCAGUCGUAAGCUGAUUUCAAACGGGCGGCCCGUGAAUAAACAAAUCAUAGAUUAUUCAAGGACGCUCGACCGUUUCGCCAGCUUUGAUGAGGAAUGUCGAAAAAUUCAAGAUGAAGCCGAGUUGGCAAGUACCAUUAGGCUUUCUGAGAGUUUCCGAAGAAGUCUGAGUCUUGGGAAGCAUGGUCAGGCUGAUGAUGAGACCAACAUGCAGCAGGCUCAGAUGAGUGCCAAAGCUUUUGUUGAUCAGACGUUUACCGACAGAAAACGCAUACACAGUGAAGGGAAUAGGAAUGAGUCCAAGCCGUUCUCUGAUGCACUGGAAAUUCUGAGUACAAACAAAGACUUGUUCAUGGAACUCUUGCCAGAACCAAACAAGAACUCUCAACCUGAGAGCAAAGAUUGCUCUGAACAGCCUGGAAGUAUUCAAACUGAGUUCUUGGAAAAGAUCGAUUAUCAGUCUCAGUCCUCCUCCAGGAAGAGUUUCACGGCCCAGCCUACUAAUAAAAUAGUUAUCCUGAAGCCAGCACCCCAAAAGGGAAAAUAUUGUGAAAACGUCGCCUGUCGUUGCUCGCCAAGGCCGUGCUGUCAAAAAUCGAGUAGCAGAAUGUCGGGGAGCAAACCGACUUCUUUCUCCAUCAGGGAAAUAAAGGAAAAACUCAAGUAUUCAUUUGGAGGCACCAGAAAGGAACCAAACCUGUUCUCAGUGGAUAGCACUUCACCUAGACUUUCUCACAACUGUAUCUGUAUCGGACUGAGCAAUCCUUUGAAUUCCGUAAAGACAAAUCAAAAUCAGUCUGAUAACGCUUGCACGACUGAUACUAGGCGCAGAAAAGUAGACUCUCCAAGUAUCGGAUUCUGCAAUGAACAUGAAGUUGAUGCAGAUUUGGAGGCAAAGAAAAGCAAAAGUGCCCCUGAAACGAUUCCUCGCGCAACCGGAUACGAUGUCUGGCCCAUUAGCCCAGUAAGGGACAGCCGACAUUGUUCUGGUUCUGCACAGAUGAGAUUUAGUCCAUCAAGAACCAACACAGACGUUGCAUCAUGUCAUGACUAUGAGUGCAAUGAUAAAGUAGAGAUUUUGAGCAAAAUCCCGAGCUCGCCUCUGAUUUCGACCACUGAUGGAAACUCAGAUACUACCAUCAUUUCUGCAGCUGACAAUGUGAAGGCUACCGGCGAGCCAAAGAUGGUCGAAAUGAACAGCAUUUGGCACUCACAACUUCCAAGCGAAACAAGCAGCACUUAUGUUACCAGCAACGUGCAAAAAAGAACUGAUACAAUGCAUUCCACAUUGCAGAACUCAUUUCCAGAGAACGAGACAUUUACGAAUACAGUAGACAAUUAUGCAUCUACUCCUACAAGCAUCUACCAGUUAGACAGACCGGAAAACGUUACACAUCAAGAAGAACAUCGAAGCCCAGUGUCCGUCCUCGACCAAUUCUUCACAGAAGAUGCUAACAGCCCUUCAAGCAUAAUGCUUCAAACUACCAGACAGCCAUUAAAACCUCGACGUCUUGAUUUUGAAGAAUGCUCAUUUCAGACAUCCCCGCAAGAAGCACCAAUCAGUCCUGCAAACACCAGCAUUACUGAACAAGAUCACGUCUCCUGCUACGUGCAUUUCGUGUUGCAGGCUUCUUGCUUAACUUGGGAUCAACUAUCAGAAAUCCAACCACUAUCAGAAGAGCUGCUGAAUCCAUCCUUAUACGACGAAAUCGAUUUUCAUCCAUCUGAUGCUCAUUUUGAUCCCAAGCUUCUUUUUGAUCAUAUCAACGAAGUUCUAGUACAGAUUCAUCGAUCCCUUCUCUGCUCCCCUCCUCUGUUAUCAUUCCGUAAACCAAGAAUCACCUCUUUGCCACUGGAAGAAGUUGUGCUCGAUCAGAUAAUGAAAGAAGCUGAGUUCUAUCUCCUUCCUUGGACCGAGGAAACAACGUUAGAAGAGCACAUCGCGAAAGACAUUGCAGAUUCUAAGACGUGGCUCGAUGUCCGAAUCGAAACAGAACAUAUCAUGAUUCACAUUUCAGAAGAGGUUGUGGAGGAACUGAUUACGGAUACACUGCUUCAGUUUAGGACAUGAAUUCAUAUUCUCAAACUUGUUGACCAUUACAAUAGUUGGUCCAGCCAUUUGUAGACUUGGGCUGGUUUGAUGAAUUCCAUCUGAUGUUCAUUCAUAUAUGCAUGUCCUAAGUAUCGAUCUUGAA